AUAAAAAAUGACGAUAGAAGAAUCUAUCAAGUUUUUAGAACGUAAAAAGCUAAAAGAUGUUCUAUACAAAAAACUUGAGUGGCAAAGUGAUUAUGUUCCAAGUAGUUACGUAGAAGUAGGUAAGUUAUUUGAUGAGUUUGGCAAGCAAAAGAUAGCACCUUUCCUACGUGGUGAUGUAUCCUAUUAUGCAAGCAGAAGGAGGACUAUUACUUGGCAAGCAGGAGCAUUAAUUUUUUCUUUUUGGUUAGGGUCACUGGUUUUAUGUAUUCAGCCCAAUGGGCAAAAGAAAUUAUUAGCUCUAUCGGGUUGGGCAGUAUUGUCUGCCAUUUCUUGGUAUGCUGGGUAUUCUUGGUGGCCAGGUUUACUUGAUUUGUAUUUUGCAAGUAGAAUUAAAGAAUAUGUUAGAAUGUAUAAUGAGGAAGUUAUGUUGAGUCAUCCAAGGAAUGAAGGGUAUUCAGGUUAUGUUGAGUCAAUAAGAGGGUUAGUAGAUGUUUCAGAGUUUGAGAUGCAUGUAACAUAUUUACAUGGUAUCAGUAGCGAAGCCUUUAAAGAGUAUAAAGAGCACCUUCUUGCAACAACACUUGUGAAUCAUAAAGAGAUAAGAAAAAGAUUUUUGGAAUAUGUAGAGGUAUUACGUAGUGGGGAGAUAGCUAAUGAUGAAUUUGAAGUACAUGUAUCUCGCCUUAGAGAAUAUGCUAGCAUAAAGAUCAAUAAAGAGGAACGAUACAGGUAUAGUACUCUAUUUGAUGAAACAAAGAAGUUCUUUUGGAAGGUUGUUCCCUCUGGUGCAACAUCUGAAAACGAAAGUAUUAAUAAUUUAUACAGAAUAUUAAGUAAAAUAGAUUAUGAAAAGGCUACAUUAGGAGAAGUUUUAAAAUCACUUAAUUUAUUAGAGUUAGUGGGUGAUUAUAAUAUUGAGUUAGUAGAAGUGAUAAAAAAAAUGCUAUUUCAAUAUCAUCCAGACAGAAAUGAGCAUGAAAAAGCAAAAGAGAUUUUUACAUUAAUUAAAGAAAAUAUUAAUAAUCCAAUAUUCAUAAUAUUUGAGGAUUUUGAAAAGUAUACAAAUUGUUCCUACACUUCGUGUCAGUUAGAUGAAUUCCUAACUUGGCGAAUAGGAAAAAUAAAAGAGAUAAGAGAGGAGGAAGAGAGGAAUUUACACCACAUCCUAGAAGACAGAGGAAAAAAAGCGCUAGCAGUUUAUAAUCAUCUUCUCUCUAAAAUUGGGCCAGAGGGUGCUGAUUUUGGAUAUAGCCUUUUGGAUGAAAGAUUUAAUUGGCAAAGGUCACCAUGUUCAUUUAAAAUGGAAAAUUAUAGAAGCGAAAAAGCAGGUAUUUUGAAUGAAAAAGAUAAAAUAUUAGUUGAAUAUAGGGAGUUAGCAAGAGAAUACAUUGUGUUAAGACAAAAUAAACUGUUGCAUGGAGAGAAAAAGAAGCAGCUGGAAGACAUAGAAGGAAACUACAGGAGAAUAAAAGAAGAGGAAAUAGAGGAUCUGGAUAAUGAGAUAGAAAAUGAUGAGAGGGGAAUUAAAGAAAGAGAAAAGUGUCUGAAAGAAAAAAAGGAAAGAAUGAAAUCAUUAGUAGAGUAUUUUGUACCAUUGUAUGAUCCAAUGAUAGAGAGAUAUGAGAGAGAAAUUAGCUAUUUAAAGGAUGUAUGUGCAGGCAAGGUAGACUUUGCAGAAAAAUGGAAAGUUCGCUAUGAGUGGAAUCGAGAUCAUAUAGAUAGGUGCAAAAGGAAAAUAAAGCAAGAGAAACUCAACACUUUUGUGGAUGAAAGAAGACUGAGGCUAUAUCAAGAAAGGUUGACAGAAUUAAAAGAAGAGAAAGAAAUAAUGGAAAAUUUACUAGUUUACCUAUCUAAGGAAACAGAAAAGCCUGUAAGUUAUACAGAGGUACCAAGGUACUACUUUGUGAAAGGAAAGGAUGAAUUAGUGUCAGGAAUAGUUAAGUUCGGAACUAAAUUGUGUCUUGUCUUGGAUUACAAUACUAAUAGUCAAAAAGGUUUAGCAGGUGAAUAUAUAAACAUAUGUCAUGAAUAUAAACACUUAAAAAGCGAGUGUAAGUCGGCUAAGCAGCAAGAGGAUAUUGAAAAUUUGAAUGUACAAUAUGAAGAUUUAAAGAAUAGGUUUAAAACUGAAGAAGAAAAAUAUGAAGAGUUACAAAAAAAACAAGAAAAAGGUAGAUAAAAAAGAAUUAUUGGUAGUAAUAAAAGAAAGAAAGGAAGCAGAAGCAGAGGUUAAAGAAGAAAGAAGAGCUACAGAGGAAAUACAAGCAAAAACUGAAGUCCAUAAAAGCUUACUUCUGCGAUUAAAAAAUGGAGAUCUACCUCUAAGUGAGUUACAGAACAUGGAUAUUGAAUCUUUAGUUGCAGGACCUUUUUGGAGGAAAUAAGAGUUUUGAAGUUUCUAUAGUGUGAAAGGUUUGAAUUUGUAAAUAUUAUUUUAUAUAGCCUUUCUACCAUAGAGGGU